AUGAGAUACGAUGAAACGCAAGACCCUCUGGAGCAUCUAACGGCCUUCGAGGCCAGGAUGAACUUAGAAGGAGUGGAAGACGAGGUAAGAUGUCGCGCCUUCCCGGUCACCCUGGCGGGACCUGCAAUACGGUGGUUCAAUAACCUUCUGCAGGGCUUGGUGACCCAAUUCUCCGACAUCAGCCAUGCCUUCCUGGCUCAGUUCACGACCAGGAUCGCCAAAGCCAAGCACCCGAUCAAUUUGCUAGGGGUGACCCAGAGAGCCGGGGAACCGACCAGGAAAUACUUGGAUCGUUUCAACGACGAAUGCUUGGAAAUUGAUGGUCUGACGAACUCGGUGGCGAGUUUGUGUUUGACGAACGGGCUCCUGAAUGAGGACUUCAGGAAGCACCUUACCACACAAGCCCAUCUGGACAAUGUAGGAGAUCCAAUAGCAGAGAAGGGGAUACUGUCGAAACCCCGACCUCUGAAGGACAGGACGGGGGGAAACAAGAGCCUCUACUGUGAAUAUCACAAGGGAUACGGGCACAAAACCCAAGACUGCUUCGACCUGAAAGACGCCCUGGAGCAGGCAAUCAGGGAUGGAAAACUUGCCGACUUCUCCCAUCUUAUAAGGGAGCCGAGGAGACGCAAUCGGGAUCACGAAAGCGAAAACAGGUCCCGACCGACAAGACGACGCCAAGAACCAGAGGGGGACGACCAAGGUCUCACGGUGGUGAACGUAGUAACAGAGAGGAUCUCCGCCCCAAGGUCAAAAUCGGCACAGAAAAAAGAUGCCAAGGUCUUCGCGGUCUCCUCCUCGUCUGCUAGAAGUUCCCGGGGACUCCCACCCAUCUCCUUCGGCCCCGAAGACCAAUGGUUCGACGAGGUGCCGGAAAGUUCCCCCAUGGUCAUCACGACCAGAGUCGGAACCGGCCUUGUCAAGCGGAUCCUGGUGGACACGGGGGCAGACUCGAACAUCAUGUUUCGAAACGUUUUUGAUGCCCUGGGACUACGAGAUGCCGAUCUGGCGACCCACCAGCAUGGUGUGGUAGGGUUGGGAGACCACUUCAUCAAGCCGGAUGGAAUCAUCUCACUCCCGACCUCCGUGGGACAAGGGCAGAGGCGAAGGACGGUGAUGGCCGAUUUUGUGAUUUUACGAGAUUCCACAGCUUACAAUAUCAUCUUGGGGAGAAAAACCAUCAACGACCUGGGGGCAGCUAUUAGUACGAAGCUGCUCGUGAUGAAGUUUGUUGCUGAUGACGGAUCUGUAGGAUCCAUCAGAGGAGAUUUGGAAACGGCGGUCGCCUGCGACCACGCCAGCCUCUCUCUCAGGAAAAAGUCCAAAGAAGCAUCGGGGGUCUUCCUCACCGACCUGGACGCCAUGGUAGAUGACAAGCCCAGACCUGAGCCGGAAGGGGAUUUCGAAAAAUUUAGGGUCGGUGAUGGGGACGAGAAGUUCACCCGACAUGCCAGGGAUAGAUCCCUAGCUCAUGUCACACCAUCUGGCCGUCAAACUGGAAGCCAAGCCAGUGGCCCAGAGGAAGAGAAAGAUGUCACAGGAAAGGGCAGAGGAGGUGGCCAGGCAGGCGGCCAGCCUCCUUGA